AGGUGUAAGUGUGUGUGUGUAUCGAUAUGUGUUGGGUUCCCCGGCCGUGGGAACCUGUCCGUGUGAACGGAGAAGAAGCGGAGCUAUUCUACCCUCAGCCGAAGAGCUCGUCGUCCGCCUCUCGCUCACAGUAGUUGCGUAGUACCAGGACGAAGGGUGGCCUAGCGGUACCAUCGAGCGUCGAAUGGAUGGCUGUGAUGAGGGAGAGGUGGAGGGAGAGAGGGGUUGGCCAUCUUAAUACAUUAAUAUACGGUUCCCACGAUGUAUCGGAACGUCGGUCAACUCUGGUACCCAUAGAACCCCUCGGCCCCAACCACAGACGCGCUGCGCCGUGUCCCACACACACACACACACACACACUCAUACACGUUCUUCGCACGUUUCACCCCCUUCAAGGUUUAGUCUACAUCGGAACUAGGAACUUCCGAAUACCUCACAGUCGCUCACAAAACGGCACGGAGUUCAAAUCGAACAGUUUGUGCAAAUACCGGCGCAUCGAUCUCCACAAACAUAAACAACAACAACAUCAACACAACUUAACAUCAUUCAUUCAUUCAACAUCCAGUGCUUCUUGUGCAUACAUCCAAGUUAGUUCAUCCAGUGCCAAAGCGCAACACAUUCGGACACUAAAUACAUUUAUAAACAUUCAAAAUUUUCGCAAACACAAGUGAUAUCAUCAUGCCUAUCAGCGAGGACGAGUUCAACCAAUACAGCAACGAUUCGAUUCCAUCAUCAACAAUGUCUAAAGCUGAACUUAGAAAGACUCACAAACCGAUUAUGGAAAAACGACGAAGGGCAAAGAUUAACAACUGCUUGAACGAGAUUAAGGAUUUGAUCCUCGCCGCAAUGAAGAAAGACCCUGAAAGACAUUCGAAAUUGGAGAAGGCUGAUAUUUUGGAGAUGGCUGUGAAAUACUUGAAGAACGUGCAGAAGCAGCAACGCGAAGUCGCUGUUAGAUCUGAUCCGGCUGUGGCUCAAAAGUACAAAUCUGGAUUUGUGGAAUGCGCGGAAGAAGUCACUUCUUACGUGAAUCAGAUGGAUGGUUUGGAUCCUGGGUUGAAGCAACGUCUUAACGCGCAUUUGGUUAACUGCGCCAACGGAAUCGAGCAGAAGAAACCUCAAUUCUCCUACACCCCGAGCAGCUCUUUGUUAGCCUCUUUCGCGCAAAACCGAUUCUCCAAAGACGACCACAACAACAACCCCCACAUCCAAGGGAUCGAGCUCAUCCCGAGUUGCCUCCCAUCUGGAGAAUUCGCAUUCCUCGUCCCGAAAUCCUUCUCCUCCAUAAUUUCCUCGCAGAUGUCCGAGGAUAGACCGAGUGCCUUCGUAACUGUUAAACCGCAGACAGCCGACAGUCUUCUGAAAAUAUCCAAGCCUUUGAGUCCACCGAUCAGCCCGGAGCUUUCGCCGCGCGGUUUCCAACCGAUUAUACCGAAAGCCACCAGACAGGAAAUCCAGAACAUCAGAUUCCCCAUCAAUCCGAUCAAGAAGGAGAGCAUCUCGGAACCUCUCUGCAUCAUUACAAAUCAAUCGGAGAGAUUCAGACAAGCACAGAUGUUGGGGGAUACGCAGAAUUGUGAGGAGAACGUUUACCAUGGCAGUGGAAAACGUCGUGUAAGGGAGGAAGGUUUGUUGACCUUGGCUCCACCUAACAAGAUGUUCAAAUUGGAUUGCGAACCGUCCACGAGUCGAAGGAAUGAUGUUAACAAUGAUGAUGAUGAUGACGAUGAUCAAGGAAAGAGUGAAUCGAUGUGGAGGCCCUGGUGA